AGUUUGCAAGAGCAUGAAGUAUGAAAAAGAAAACCAGUAGAAAUCAAGUGUAGCUGUUCUAAAAAGACAAAUAGACAGCGGACUACCGACUAUUAAUAAAAAUAGGCACUGCGAUGGUGGAUUUGGACAUCCUAAAAGUUAUAUUACUAAAAGCCAAGAAAUUUCAGCACCCCUUCCAUCUCCUUUCACUGCUUCUUUUCUUCAUUCUUCCUUCUCCUUCUUCUUAUAUUCAUUCUUUCUCUCUCCUCUCUUUCCCAGGUUAGGAGAGAGAAAUUCUGAGGUUUUGUGGGAAUUUAUUUUUUGAUUACUUAAAAUUGAGAAUUCUAAUAAUAUUAGAAAAAGAAAAAUGGCGCCUGCUAUGGAUCAACGGUUUAGAUCUUCUAAGCCUAUAACCAUCCAUGGUUUUGCUCAGUCUGGGGAUCUUAAUGGCCUUCAGAGAUUGCUCAAAGAAAAUCCUUCCCUUCUCAAUGAACGAAAUCCUGUUAUGGCACAAACUCCUCUUCAUGUUGCUGCUGGUUACAACAAUGUUGAGAUUGUGAAAGUUUUGCUUGCUGGGAAGGAAGGAGAACAGGUUGAGCUUGAAGCCAAGAAUAUGUAUGGGGAGACUCCAUUACACAUGGCCGCAAAGAAUGGCUGUAAUGAAGCCGCUAAGUUACUUCUUUCUCAUGGUGCUUUCAUAGAGGCCAAAGCCAAUAAUGGAAUGACACCCUUGCAUCUUGCUGUUUGGCAUUCACUUCGUUCAGAUGACUGCUCGACAGUGAAGACCUUGCUCGAGUUUAAUGCUGAUUGCACUGCCAAGGAUGAUGAUGGCAUGGCCCCUCUAAACCAUUUAUCACCAGGUCCUGGAGGUGAGAAAUUGCGGAAGAUACUAAAUCAGUAUCUUGAGGAGCAGAGGAAGCGAAGGGCUCUUGAAGCUUGUGGUCAGACAAAAGCUAAGAUGGAUGAACUUGAGUGUGAACUGGAAAACAUUGUGGGUUUGCAUGACCUUAAGUUGCAGUUGAGAAAAUGGGCUAGGGGAAUGCUCCUUGAUGAAAGGCGUAGAGCUCUUGGUCUAAACGUGGGUGCUCGUAGAGCACCGCAUAUGGCAUUUCUUGGCAAUCCUGGGACAGGCAAAACUAUGGUGGCUAGAAUUCUCGGAAAGUUGUUAUAUAUGGUAGGAAUUUUACCCACCGAUAAAGUAACUGAAGUGCAGAGAACAGAUUUGGUUGGUGAAUUUGUUGGUCACACAGGGCCGAAGACUAGGAAAGUGAUUAAAGAAGCGGAAGGGGGAAUUCUUUUUGUAGAUGAAGCCUACCGUCUUAUACCGAUGCAGAAAUCAGAUGAUAAGGAUUAUGGGUUAGAAGCGUUGGAGGAGAUUAUGUCGGUUAUGGAUAAUGGGAAGAUAGUAGUCAUAUUUGCUGGGUACAGUGAGCCUAUGAAACGGGUAAUAUAUUCCAAUGAAGGAUUUUGCAGAAGGGUGACAAAGUUUUUCCAUUUUGAUGAUUUCAAUUCAAAGGACCUAGCCAAUAUCACUUACAUAAAGAUGAAUAAUCAAACGGAAAGUAGCCUUUUAUACGGGUUUAGGCUACACAAUUCGUGCAACUUGGAUGCAAUUGCGGAAUUGAUAGAGAGGGAAACGUCUGUAAAGCAAAGACAAGAGAUGAAUGGAGGUUUGAUUGAUCCGAUGUUGGUUAAUGCUCGAGAAAACUUGGACCUUAGGCUCAGCUUUGAUUGUAUGGAUUCGGACGAAUUGACGACUAUCACUUUAGAGGAUUUAGAAGCAGGCUUGCGGUCCUUUUCGCAAUAAGAAGGGGAUUAUUCAUAGCUAAGAAGUAAGAAGGUUGUCAAGCUUACAAUCAUCAAUCAUCAUUCACCAUCCAUCAUUCUUUUCAUUACUAUAAUAUUGAUGCAACAGAGAAGGCAUUAUUUUUUUGUAUGAUAUUUAUGUUCUAUAUAGUCUAAUUUAAGACAUACAUACUAGUAUGCUGAUGGUUGUACUAAAUCAAGUAUUUGUAUGAAUAAAAAUAUAUUCUUUAGUACAAAGAACACCCGUUCAAAAAAAAGUCUUGUAUAUAAUUUAUUGUGCAUCAACCUCAAAAGGUAUUAGAAUAGUAAGUCUUUUUAC